GUCGCUAGUUGGGAAGAGGAGCAUGGCAGGGCCAUCGGAGCUCCCUACACAAGUUGAUGGAGAUUUAACAUCCUGCCACCUGAUUGAGGCCUGGUUGCGGCAGAGGAAUCGGGCCCAACCCCUGGGGGGGAGGAGCAGGACCGGUGGGCCCAGGUCUGCUUUCUUAUGGCCAUCCCCCAGGCCUGUAAGGAGGCACUCCAGAGGGGGGAGCAACGCCUCCCGUUCUGCAAGGAACAGGCAGCCCAGGCCGUGCUGGAUGAGAUGGACCAUAUUUUGGAGGACCCCGUGCCCCAUCACCUCUUCUCUCUGUGCAUAGAGGCCAUCACCUUCUUGAGCCAGAUGAAGCUCUGCUUCACAACCUACAGAGAGAGGAAAAUCAUAAUGGAGUGUCUGUUCAGCAUGGGCCAUGUGCUGGAUGACACUCCAGAGGGAGAUCAGCAGAGCCCCUUCCUGCUCCCCCAAAAGGCCCUCCAGAACAUGUUGAGGGAACUGCUGGUGCAGAAGCCCUCAAUGACACACCUCAUCCACAUGGCGGAGGCUAUCGAUGUGGAAAUGUACAGCGAGGACAAGCAGGAGGUGGCGGUGGUGGAAAAGGCGGGCCUUUUCCUGCUGAAUCUGGCAAUUGGACCCCAUUCCACUUUGAGGUCAUUCUCCCCCAUGCUGGCCUGGCCUUGCUCCGGCACCCCCCAGCACCCCUCUUCCAGGUUUCAGGGUCCCCAGAUGAGCUCUGAUGGGCCUUCUUUUCUCCCUCUCUCUGCAGGCGGAGAUGAUCAAACCUCUGCUGCCCUUGGGGGGGCACACGUAUAUCAAGCGCAUAUACCAUUAUUGCUAGUGAUUUCAAUGCCAGAAUGGGAAUUAACGAUAAGACGCUGUAUACUAAAUUCCAAUGCUUUCCCUUGGCCCAUGAAGUUGCUCCACCAUUAAUUGCCUGUCAAUGUAAGGACAGAAUAGGGAAUUACGCAGGUCUGUGUCUGUCCCAAACCUUAGAUGAACUAAACUUGCAAUUGCUGAAUGGAGCUACAGUUGAUGACCACCCAGCUGAGUACACUCUUUGGGCUGGUUCCAGAUUAUCCACUAUUGAUUAUAUGGCGAUCUCUCCUGGCUUACUUAUAUAUCUUGUCAAAUUUAAAAUUGCUAGUCGCCCAGAGAGUGAUCAGCUCCCUGGAGAGUUACCUUUGAAUCUUUCUGGAAACCUAACAUUUGCUGAACUGACCUAUCUUUCAAACUUAGAUCUGGAGGUGCGUCCCUCCUUGGUUAGAUGGCCUGAUAGUCUGGGGGAGCAGGUUGGUUUAAUGCUGGGAUCUGAAAGUCUUGUCUCUCUCCGCUCGGCACUACUAGCAAAUGGGAUGGAUGAUGGUAUUCUAGACCAUUACAAUGACAUCGUUCAGGCACUCCAGCCUGUAUUGACCUGCUCCAGACCCCCAAAGACUAACAAGCCCACAGUUUACUCUAAGAGCUGGUUUGAUAAAGACUGCAUCGGCAAUGCCAAAAGUGAGGUGAUUAUUGAGUAUCAAGCAUCCAGGGACUGCCCUUUGUUUGCUGUUCUCCAGAGUGCCAUAUUGCAGAAAAAACAAUCUAAGCAGCUGCUGAAAAAUAGAAAGAGAGAUGCCAUGAGAGUAGACUGGCAUCCAUUGAUAGCAGCCACAAGAUCUAAAACCCCUCAUUGUUUUGGCGUAUGAUUGCCCUAUAACCAUCUUGGGGUUUAGCCCACCCGAAUUGUGUCAUCCCCUCUUUGGUUUGGGAGGAACGCUUCUGUAAGUUAUACAAAGGAGAUAAAGAAAUUGGCACAGCCCCAAUACGGGAUGUGCAUCAGCUGACAGAGUGACCACUUCUGUCUUGUUCUGAAAUAGAAGCUUUGGUGGGACAGUUAAAACUUGGUAAAGCUCCAGGAUUCGACCAUAUAGAAAUAGAGGUUGUUAGAAACAAUCUGGCAUGGUAGUCCCCAGUCCUGGCCUCGUUAUUUUCAUUUGUUUGUUAAUUACAUUUAUAACCCGCCCCAUCCAGAGGCUCUGGGCAGUGUACAACAACUUUUUUAAAAAGACAUAAAACCCACAAUUCAAACACAAUGCUAAAAACAAUAUAAAAACAAUUCAAAAAUGAUUUAAACCAUUUAAAACCAAUUAAAAUACUUUUAAAAAACACUUUACAAGCCUUGGAAGGCCAGGCCCAACAAAUAGGUUUUUAGGGGUCUCUUAAAGUCCGACAGUGAGCCUAAACUGCGGAUAUCGGCUGGGAAUGCAUUCCGUAGACCAGGAGCAGCUACAGAAAAGGCCCGGUUCAGAGUCCCCACCAGAUGUACCGGUGGUAACUGGAGACGGACCUCUCCAGAUAUUAAGAUUGUAGAUUGAACUGUUUUUGUUUGUUUUACUGUUGUGCUGGUCGAAGACAGAAACAAAGACUAUGAUAUGAUAAUACAUAGUCAUAGUGUGUAAUUUUAUGGGGACCGAAUUGGAAAUAAAACUUUGUUUUGUUUGA